UAAGAUCCAGACGGACUUGUCAUUCACUCAUUAUAGUUAAUUACAAUUAUAGUAUUAUUGUGAAAUUGCGAUAUAGUAGUGUUUAAUUUUUUUAAAGAGAGAACACGGAAGCAAUUGACAUUACUUUUUCGUUCGGAGUUUUAGUUUUAUCUACGAAUCUAUGUGAUCAUAUAACUCCUAGACGUUUCUUGCGCACACGCAGACAUCAAAAUGGUGAUCAAGGAGAAGGUGUCGCUAAAAAAAGAAAAGAAGAGACGAUAUAGAAUUAGUACAAAAAAAACUUGGAUAAGUUUCUUCUUAGGUAUUCUGUGGUUUUCGUUAUUCCUGUUCGUAUUAAUCGCUGAUCCCAUAUUAUUGAUGCUUAAAGAGUAUACUAGGGUGACAAAUGGCUCGUUCGUCCACGAGGUCAUGUUGCGAGAGAUGGAGGGCAUCCAUCUUUCGGCGUAUGUCUUCAACGUCACCAACACUGAGCGGUUCAUGGCUGGUGAAGACCACACGCUCAAAGUACAGGAAGUCGGACCGUUUACUUACAGGGAGAUUCGGAGUAACAAAGACAUAGAGAUCGACACAGAAGCGCAGAUACUGCGGUAUACUCCUCAGGUGCGGCUGGAGUUUAUACCUGAAGAGUCCAUCGGGAGACCGCAAGACAUCAACGUCACCGCACCCAACAUACCCAUGCUUGGUAUGACAUCAAACAUGGCCGGAGCCCCCUGGACGCGGAUCCCCUUCAACCUGCUGUCGACACAGCUCAAUUCCAAGGCCAUGGUCAGCAUGGACGCCCACAACUACCUAUGGGGUUACCAGGACACCAUCGUCUCACUAGGCUACACCAUCACAUCUGUGGAUUUUGAUAAAAUGGGCAUUUUGGACAGGUUAUACGACUCGUACACAAAAAAACCUAACCGUAUUGAGGCGUCUAUCGCCGAUGAAGAAAAGUUCAUGAUCAAAACUGUGAACGGCUUUAAAAAACUAGCGAUGGGGGACUCAGUGAAUCCUGAUGAGUGUGAGCUCUGCAACACGUUUGAAAAUGCUUUCGAAGGCGUCGGCUACCCUAUGGGAAUCACCUCUGACUUCCCGAUCAGGAUCUUCAAGAAUGGACUCUGUAGGAUUUUGGACCUUGAGUAUGAGCACACAAGACUCACAGACUACGGCGCCGAAGCUCUGGUCUACAACUUUAGCGAUAACUUCUUCACCUUAGACCCUAGUGAGCCGUCUAAUGGGGUAUUGUUGUUACCUGAUUGCUUUUUCGGAAUGCCUCUAGCCUUCUCUAAGCCUCACUUUUUGGAUGCAGACCCCAGUGUAUAUGAGCGUAUUGAGGGUAUGAAGCCUGACGACCGACACAGAGGAUGGGUUACGGUUGAUGGAAAACUCGGUUUGACUCUAGAGACUGUCUUCUCCUUACAAAUCAACCUGGUUAUUGGUGACGUCUCUGCUAACACUGAAGCAGCUAGUUUCUCCAACAUGAUCCUUCCUAUAUGUUAUCUCAGAAUUGAACAACCGCCUCUACCAGAUGAAUCGAUAUUCUUCUUAAACGGAAUGUACGUUACAGGUCCAUAUAUCAUUUUGGCACUUCAAAUCGUUUUCUUCAUACUAGCCGUUGUAGCGUGGGGAUACUUUGGACGAGCUGUUUACCUCAACUUUAUUGCCAAAGAUAAUAAGGCUAUGUCCUUCCCAGGUACCACGAUAAAAGAAAUCAAUGCCAAUAAUGUUGAAGAUCCUCUCAUGACUGAGACACAAAAAACAGACAGUUUAAGAAGUUGACAAUGAAGUAGACUGUCUCGGGAAAGCAUUUCCUUGUAUAAUCUACAAAAGGGCCAAAAUCAAAUGGGUAUUUUAGAGAAUAAAUAAUAUUAGUAAGACUUAUGUUUAAAAAAGUAAUCCUUUGUUUAUUGUAAAUAAUUUUCCAGUAAGUAAUAAAAUUAUUUCUAAAUAAAACUUUACGUAAUAAAACUUUCUA